CCUGGGCAUCGACUUUAAGAUUUACAUUAUUGCUCUUUACAUUUUGCUGUUUCUUUAUUGUGUUUGUGGAUUAGAAAAUUAAUGAAAUGUAGAAUACUGGGAUGAUAGGGUCGAUAUGGCAUAUUUUAUGUUGCACGGGACUGUAGGCAUCAGCCACCAAGAGCCUAAUCGUAUUUCCUUUAUUGCGUUUUUUUAAUUAGAAAAUUAAUGAAACGUUUUAUAUUUAGACUGAUGGGUCGAUGUGGCAUCUACCACAAAGAGAGCAUAUAUUAAUGCUUUCUCGCACCUUAAUGUUAUUAGUUAUUUAAUUAUCUUUGUUUUUUUUAGUCUCGGUAGAAAACUUUUUUUAACCAAAUGUAUAAAUCGAAUAUAAACUGAUCAAUAGCAAUGGUUUUAAUAAUGAACUCACCGUGGUAGAGCCAAGAUUUCAGUUCUAGGGUAAACUGAAGUGUUUAUCUUCGAUCGGUGUUUCGAUUGCUUGGUGCUUGGUAAUGAAAUAUUGUAUUGAUAUUUGAAUAGAAGAUCACGUGUGUACCUUUUAAGGUGAUCGGAGAAGCCUUUGAACCGGAAUUUUUGUUGUUGUGGUGCUUGUCCAUAAUCCCGGAAAAACGUCGCCACCUUAUAGCAGUUCUCCUGGAAAGGACUUCAUAACGGAAUCAUGGAUGUAAAUAUUACAAAGAUUAAUGCCACAAAAGAACAGGGCGAUGUUAUCGAGAUUGCAGCUAUUGACUUGUGGUAUGAUGUCGUGGCUGUUGUGCUGGGCGCACUCGCAAUUACUGGAAAUGCACUUAUAAUGUUCCUCAUCGCAUCCCGACGUCGUCUUCAGCAGACGCAAAACUGGCUCAUCUUCUCUCUCAGCACCUCUGAUUUUCUCAUCGGACUCUCUGUCAUAACUAACUUUAUUUGUGUUGCCGUAUUUCGUAGCUGGGAAAUAAGUAACACUUUGAAGAUACUCAAGGAUUCUCUUUUCGAUGUCUCGUCUUUGAAUCUUUGCGUUUUGGCCGCGGAUCGAUGUGUCGCCGUUUUCUGGCCGCUACGAUACCACGCCCUUGUAAACCGUCGCAAAGUGAUAACUAUUAUAAUUAUGGUUUGGGCCAUCCCUGCGGCGAUAGGUCUUCCUUAUUUGUCGAUUCAGUCAGACGACACGCCUGCGAACACUCUGUACCCUGCAACACUUGUCUUAAUUUUCCAAACCUUUCCUUCAGUAUUCAUGGUAAUUGCCUAUAUCCGCAUUUUCUACGUUGUAUACUGGCUUAAAAAGCAAGAAGCUAUACAGAUCAAUCAAUUGCGAUUUAACCUUGCAAAUAGUGGUCCUAGCCGUGCAAUUUGUCGACCAAGCUUCUCUAUUACAAGCAUAGGAUCAUUAGUUGUCUGCUUUGCUUUGUGUAAUUUGGUGAGCUCUGUUAGAGCCGUGUGUUGGUUACUCUAUGAUCGCUGCAGGCUUCCUGUGCUAUUACUGGACAUUACUACCCUUUUAUUUUACGCUAAUGCUGCUGUUAAUUUUAUAGUGUACUCUAUGGUGAAAUCGGAUUUUCAAAGGGAGUUUCUAAAAUUCAUUAAAGGGUGUUGGUGUAGGGCGGAAGUGAGGGUAAAUACAGCUUCAACUACGACAAACAACGGGGUUUUCAUGCAGAAUAUCAAUCAUCCAGAUAACGUCAGCGAAAUUCAAACGGCAUUGUGAAAAAAUGGAAAAGAAGCCGAAAAUGAUAGACAUAUGAAGAUCAAUUGAAAUGUAGAAUCAGAACUAAAGGUAUUAAAAAAACUAAGCUAUUUGCAUA